GAGAGAGAGGGAGAGAGAGCCAUAUCCCUGAAAUCUAGCGAAAGAGUUCCCGGACAUCCCACUGUAGAGAUCGCAUUUCUGAUCGCCGCGGAAGUACGAAUCCGUUUUGUGGGUGCAUGUCUUGGUUUCCGCUGAAGUUUUGGUGGAUUUCGAUGGGUUUCUCUUCGUUUUCCGCUUUGAUUCUGUUGGUAUCGACGGCUUGAUCGGUUUAUUGCCCCAGUGAUUAUUGGGUUUUUGGUGGAAUUACUGCGAGAAAGGUGUCUUUUUGAUUGAGAUUUCUUCUCUGCGCUUCGAAUUUCGACGCUCUUAGCAGCAAUUGUCCGUGUAUAAGGUCCUGGAUCAACAAGGUUGGAUUUUGGAUUGGAGUAGGUGAUAUCUGCGGAAAUUUGCCGAGAAAAGAUCGGUUUUUGGAAGCAUAGGAUGUGAGAUAGUCCGGAUCUUGGAUCUUUAGGAGCAAGAUUGUAGGAAUCUGGGCUUCUACGCCAUGCCUAAUGCCACGGAGCCUUCGUCUACCAUAAGCUUCGCCUCCUCCUCCUACCUCUCCAAUUGCUCGAGUGCCUACCAUGCUCCCGUCGCCGCCCCUAACCCCCCGGUCCAGCACGCAGCGCCCGACGGCGGGACGAACCUCGAGGUCUUGAGCCUCAGCAAGCUGAGCUCCAAUCUCGAGCGCCUCCUCGUGGACACCGAGUUCGACUGCACCGACGCUGAGAUCAUGGUCGAAGGGGCCCCUGUUGGCGUACACCGCUGCAUCCUGGCAGCCCGGAGCCGGUUCUUCCGCGAGCUUUUCUCGCGGGAAGGAAGCGGAGGGGCUCCGCGGGAGGGGAAGCCCAGGUUCGACAUGGACGAGCUGGUCCCCGGUGGCCGGGUUGGCCGGGAGGCCUUCAUGGUCUUCUUGAGCUAUCUGUACACGGGCAAGCUGAAACCAGCCCCACAGGACGUGUCGAUCUGCGUCGACAGGUUCUGCGCGCACGACUCGUGCCCGCCGGCAAUUGGCUUCGCCGUUGAGCUCAUGUAUGCGUCUUCUGUCUUUCAGAUCGCCGAGCUUGUCUCACUCUUACAGUUUACUGCUGCGGAGCCAACUUGUUCUUCUUUCUGUAAUGCACAGCGUCGACUUCUGAAUUUUGUUGAGAAGGCUCUGGUGGAAGAUGUAAUCCCUAUCCUUCAGGUUGCUUCCCACUCAAAGCUUAACCAGUUGCUCACUCACUGUGUACAAAGAGUGGCUAGGUCAGAUCUUGAUGAUAUUGCUCUUGAGAAGAAGCUCCCACAAGAAGUAACUGAUGAAAUUAGAUCAUUGCGCCGCAAAUCCCAGCCCAAGGAAUCUAAUGUCACUGUGGAUCCUGUCCAUGAGAAAAGAAUUAAAAGAAUCCACAGAGCCCUGGAUUCAGAUGAUGUUGAACUCGUAAAGUUGCUCUUGAGUGAGUCUGGAGUCACUCUUGAUGAUACAUAUGCUCUGCACUAUGCGGCUGCUUACUGUGAUUCCAAAGUCAUCGCUGAGUUGUUAGACCUUGGGUCAGCCAAUGUGAACUUGAAGAACGAUAAAGGAUACACACCACUUCAUGUGGCUGCAAUGCGAAGAGAGCCCAAGGUGAUUGUGUCACUUCUCACAAAAGGUGCCUCUGCAUUAGAAACAACAGCUGAUGGUCAAAAUGCUGUUAGAAUAUGCAGGAGACUAACUAGGGCAAAAGAUUACUUUACAAAGACAGAGCAGGGACAAGAGUCAAAUAAAAAUAAGUUAUGCAUUGAUAUUCUAGAGAGAGAGGUGAGAAGAAACCCCAUGGUUGGAGAAGACGCCGUUACAUCACCGUUGUUGGCUGAUGAUCUACACAUGAAGCUUCUUUACCUGGAAAACAGAGUUGCAUUUGCGAGAUUGUUCUUUCCUGCUGAAGCCAAGGUAGCCAUGGAAAUAGCACAUGCGGACACGACUUCUGAAUUUACUGGUCUUUAUAAAUCUAGGAGCUCUAGUAACCUGAGGGAUGUCGACUUGAAUGAGACACCUGUAGUGCAAAAUAAGAGGCUGCGCACCAGGGUAGAUACCUUGAUGAAAACAGUGGAAUUGGGUCGCCGCUAUUUUCCCAACUGUUCACAAGUGCUAGAUAAGUUCCUGGAUGAUGACUUGCCUGAUCUGUUCUACCUCCAGAAGGGCAGCCCUGAUGAGCAGAAGAUCAAAAAGUUGCGCUUCUGUGAGCUCAAAGAGGAUGUCAGGAAGGCAUUCAGCAAGGACAAGGCCGGGAGCUUGCUCUCAGGGUUGUCAUCCUUGUCGUCCUCAUCGCUGCCUAAGGAUUAAACAAAUCAUCACAAGCCUGUAACAAACUGAAGUUGUAGGGAUUUUGUGAUGUACAUGUACAAUAGUUUUCGAGAAAAAUAUGGCAUAUAGGAAGUUCUUUUAGACGAGUUUACCAUAAAUGUCUGGACCGAAGACCAUGCAGCAAGAUCAAUAAUUAUCAGAAAGAAUGCUGUUUUCUGCUGCUACCAGAGGCAGGAGCCUGCUGUAUUUGUCUCGCCUUUUUGUUUGUGUGUAGAACUCUUUCUUUGAACAAAUAAUUACCAGAAUAAUAUGCAUCUUUUUGCAUCA